GGAAGGAGUGGGGUGCUCAGGGUAGCGUGGCCCAGCCACGGCCAUCGCUGAGCCGCUCUCCUCAGACACCGCUGGGCUGAGCCCCUCGAUCACAGCCGCUCGCCCGCCGGCGCCGCCACAAGUUUGUCCUUCGUGGCCACCGUCGCGCCCCCCGCCGCGCCCCCCGCUGGCGGCCGCGGGCGCAUGCGCGGCGGCGGCGGCGCUCCAAGAUGGCGGCGCCCGGCGAGGAGGCGGCGGGCUUUGCGGCCUGGCUGGCGGCGCGGUUGGAGGCGCUGGGCCUCGACCGCGCCGUUUACGGUGCUUAUAUCCAGGGGCUGCUCCGCGAAGAGGAGAGCGACGAGGAGCGGCUGGAGGCGCUGUGCGGCGUCCUGGCUGCCUGCCUGGAAGAAGAUCUCUUAAACGAUGUUUGCAGGGAAGUAGUCGAGAAGUGGUCUGAAUCUCAGAUUGUUGACGCCAAAGAGAAAAAAGAAGAUGAUAUCCAAGCCAUUGCCAGCAUGAUGGAGAAGCAGGCCAAGAUUGUGGUGAAGCCAAAGGAGGUCUCCCAGGAGGAGAAGCAGAGGAAAGCUGCCCUCCUGGCCCAGUAUGCCAACGUGACGGACGAGGAGGAUGGUGAGGAUGAACAGGAUGGAUCGAUUGCGACAGCUGUAAAUAUUGCAUCAGAAAAAUCGCUGUUCCGAAACACAAAUGUGGAGGAUGUUUUGAAUGCCAGGAAGCUGGAACGGGAGCUGCUGCGAGAUGAAUUCCAGAAGAAAAAAGAGCAAGAUAAGCUCCAGCGAGAGAAGGAUAAGCUAGCCAAGCAGGAGCGGAAGGAAAAGGAGAAGAAAAGGACACAAAAAGGCGAGCGGAAACGAUAGCUGGGGUUUUCCAGUUGGACUCUCCAGGGAUAAAAUUAAUUACGAAUAUGGUGUGUGUUUUAAAAAGCAGCAGAAAUUCUGGGCACGUGGCUGGUGAGUGGUUUUUUGGAAGCGUUUCCUUACCCCCCCCUUUUUCUUUUUCCUUUUUUUUUUUUUUAACAUAGCAGAAAACAAAUAUCAAGCACCUCUUAAACUCGGUGUGCCAUGUGCUUGUGGUGUCAAAUGUCCCAGUCGGUUAUUGUGGCCAAUGUCCGUACCAAAGAAUGGUGAAGUGACUAUGUCCGUGUUUUUAAAUUGAUCGAUUUCUACUUCUCACCACUUCAAGCAAAGCAAAACGAGAUGUAGGAGAGGGCUUCCCAGCUGGCUGCAUCCUCCUGCCGGCCUUGGUUUGCAGCAACAGCAUGUUACGAUUUGAGAACAGAGCAGAGCCCCUUUCUGAUCUGUAAUUAAGGACUUGCUCCUACGGGGCAAAUGUGAAUUUAUUUACGCUAGCCUUGAAAAAUGUAUUUGCAAAUACAUGUAUUUAUGCUGCCAGGAACAAUGCUACGUCUUCGUUCUGGCUGAGCUGGGAGCGCAGGGCUUCAAGCUGACCUCAGCGAGGGUAAGUGCUGUUCUGUAGCAAGAGAAAGAUGUUAUGAAAUAAAUAUGAGUUGCAGCUAUAAGGCUGUAUCACUGCAGGCCCUUGGUAAGGUAACUGCUGCGCUGAUGUGAGCGUUGGCCACAGCAAAUUGGUAGAGUCCUUACGCUAUUUUAAGACUUCGUGCUGGUAGCUGGAAAAUGGUGCUCCCCGAUGUUUUGUGUGGGUGAACAUUGAAUGUUAUUUCUGUGGCAGUUGCCAGGGCGAAUGCUUUAACGCACGCUCGGUGCUGAGCAGCUGUAAGCCAGCUGGAUGUGCUGGGUUUACGUGCCGGUUGCUCUUGCUGGGCGCAGCUGCAAUCAGGAGCCACCUGUGGGGGCUGAAUGCUUCUCUUGCCCCCGAAGGGCUUCUUGCUGGCUGUUUCCAGCCUUUUUCGUGACUGUCACCUGCCUCUGGAGAGAACACUUAAUUUCUGUAAACUGAGCGUGAAGGAGGAGCUGCAGCGCGCUGGGGGUGCGGGAGGAACCGGCGCGCCUCGGCCCUGCGCUGCUUUGUGCUCCGGGUGCCGGGUCAGGUGGGGAGGGGCGGCUCCUGGCAGCAGGACUGUCCCCAUCGCCUGCUUUCGGCACCCGCCUGAUCCAAGUUUCAUGCCUCCUGUUUUAACUAGCUGCUGCAAGUGUGAGUAUCUAACUGCUUUAUCUUUGGACUUGAACAAUAAAACUGGUUGGCAAAGAA